CGGGCUCUUUUCCCGUCUUUCCAAGCUAAAGAGAAUGGCAACAGAACAAACCUUUUGAGCCGAUACAGUUGGUACCUUCUUGAGCAGUGGCAACCAUGAGCGAUGAAGAAUUCGAAUAUACCGACGAUUCCGACUCACUUUACUCAGACUCAGUUGAUGACGAUAACUUCAAGAUUGAAGACUCCUUGGUGAAGCACGACAUUGUGCAGUACAAGCAGCAUACAACGCGCGAGAUGAUGGAGACGUUACACAAGAAAUGCACAAAGUUGAGCGAAGUGCUAGGGAAACCUCACGACUACGUGGUGACAUUGCUACAGAGCUAUAAAUGGAACUCCGAAAAGCUUAUAGAGGAUUAUAUGGAUGAUCCUCAAGACGUUGAGCUUCGAUUGGGACUGUCUACAGUGAAGCUUAAUGGCGAACAUCAUGAGAACACUGGUCUUCAAACGUACACAGAAGAGGCUCCAUUUUCAUGCUUCAUAUGUUGUGAGGACAAGCUUGAGUCCUACAAGUUGAAAUGUGGACAUGAGUUUUGUCUUGAUUGCUAUAGAACGUACUUGAAUGAGAAGGUGAAACAGGCCAACGUGAUAAAGUGUCCCAGCUGUGACGUUGCACUUACACCAGGUGAUAUAGAUACCAUCAGUGGGACAAAUGGGAGCUCUGUACUCCUAGAGAACUCAAUCAAGGAGUACGUCGAACGUCAUAAGACUUACAAAUGGUGUCCUUCACCUGACUGUAAUGCGAUAGUUGAAGUAUUGAACUCAUCGGACAUUGCCCACUUAGUGGAUACCAACCAAAUACCCAUUGUGAUCUGCAGCAAUGGACACAGGUUCUGUUUCAACUGUGGAUUCGAAUCCCAUGUUCCAGCACCGUGUAAUGUGACCAAACAAUGGAUAAACAAGUGUAAAGAUGACAGUGAGACUGUUAAAUGGAUCACAACGCAUACAAAGACAUGUCCCAAAUGUGACACAUCUAUCGAAAAGAAUGGUGGUUGUAACCAUAUGACUUGUAGGAAAUGUGCAUAUGAGUUUUGUUGGAUUUGUCUAGGAACAUGGGAUAACCAUAACAACCAGUACUACCAAUGCAAUAGGUAUCAGUACGAGCAAGCAGAGAAGAACAACAAAUCAGCAAAGGAUAAAAAGCUUCAAGAUGAAGCUACAAAGAAGUCUUUACAGAGGUAUUUGCAUUAUUAUAACCUGUUCAACAUUCACGAAAUCUCCACAAAGCAGGAUAAAUCACGGUGUGACGUUGUUGAGAACACUGUGAGAGAAGUACAAGAGGGCGUUGGUAUCUCAUGGAUAGAGGCACAAUUCUUGGUUGAUAGUGCCUCAACUCUGCUCAAUGCCAGAAGGGUUUUGAAAUGGUCGUACGCAGUCGCAUUCUACUGUGAUCGAGGUUAUUCGCUGGACCUUUUUGAGACCGUUCAGGCCGGACUUGCAGAUGCCGUUGAAGCCCUCAGUUUACUGUUUGAAAUAUCCGAUGUUGAAGUGAUUGCAAAGAAGAAGCUCAACUUUCUGAAUGCUUCAAAAUUACUGGAGGAUAGGCAAAGGGCCAUGGUACUUGCUACGGAAGAAACUAUCAAUAAUGGCACCCUACGCCUCUAACAAUGUAAUCAUCUCGAUGAUUUAUCAUCAGCAGUCAUGUAAUGUAGUUUUCACAUAAUAAAAUCAUCU